AUGGCGUCCACUGCUCCGGCCAGCGCCACUCGCGGGCGACGCAACGCCAAAGCGGACGGGUUCCAGUGGGACAACCCCGGCGAAGAGCCAGUCUCCCCGAGCUCCCCUUCUCGCCGCCCUUCGUUCCUCCGCCUUUCCACCACCUCAACGAUCCUCCUGCUCUCCGCGAUCUUCGUCGCCGCUCUCCUAUUCGUCGGCUUCCGUAAUUUCCGCGUCGAGGCUCCCGCGCCGCGCUCCAGCGCGUCUUUAGGCUCAUUAGACGGCGAUUACGGUACCGGCGACGAUGACAGUUACGGCACAGCCAACGCGGCAGGUUCCACGUGGCCGACCGGCAGCAAGUCGUCAAAACUGACGGCCACCGGAACGGGAGUUUCAGGCUCGUUCGGUUCGACCGGCUUGACGGAAAACGUCGGAAAAAAGACGUCUUGGGACGAAAUGUCGGAGGAUGAGGAUGACCUAGGAACCACCACGGGCUCUAGCUGGCCGAGCAAGCGUAGCUCCGCAAUCGGCGGCGGGUUUGGCGGCGGACUUGGCGCUUCUUCGAGUUGGAAGAAGGGUGUCGCCGGCAGGGGGGGCAGCGGGAACUCGUGGGGUGGCGGCGGCGCGGAUGCGAUGGAUGAUGACGUGGACGCGUUCUCGAGCAGCGCGAAAAGCGCGGGAAGGUUCGGCGGUGGCGCGAUGGGCGAUUUGGGUAUGGGCGAUGAUGAUGACGAUGGGGGAGCGUUGUAUCCCAAGGAGAAAGGCAGAGGGAGACCAGGAGACCGGGAGACCGGGAGGGGUAUGGAGCUCGAAGGGUAUUCUAAAAGCACUGCUGCUGGUUACGCGAAAGGCGCGGCGGGAUAUGGUAUAGGGACGGCGGGGUAUGCUAAGAGCGGACGAGGCGGAGUCGCUUCGACGCGGAAAAGCGGCCGUGGUGAUGAUGACGAUGACGUGGAUGAGGAGGAGGAUGACGUGGACGAGGAGGAUACUAGGAGCAGCAGAAAGAAGGGGAGGAAGGGGAAGAAGGCGAAGAGGAGUAAGAAGAAGAUUGGGAAAAAGACGAAAACGAGGGGAAAGACGAAGAAGACAACCAAGCGCAAAUCACGCAAAUACGGCAAAAAGAGCGGCGCAAAAAGCGGCGGCAAAAGCGGCGAUUCGGACUGGGAAGACGAGGAGAGGUCGUUCGGUCCUUUGGGAAAAUGGGGACGGAAGAAGAAGAGCCGACGGAGCAAGGUAGCAGAGGAAGAGGAGGAAACUGACGGGGAAAACGACGAUGAUGACAGGGGCAGCAGCAGCAGCAGAUAUGGCAGUUCCGGUGGUUCUGGUUACUCCAAGAAGCGAUCCCGGGGAGCAGGGGGCUAUGGGGACGCGGAUACCGCCUCGUACAGACAGGGCGCGGACCGCAUGGGCGGAGGCCGCGGGGAGCGCGGGGAGAGCGGAGGGCGCGGGGGGCGGGGGGGGCGCGGGCUUGACAAGGGGGGAGAUGACCCGCUGGACCAGGCUUGGGAUGACCUGGGGGGUGGACGGGGGGGGCGGGGAGGGCGCGGGUUUGGCCGGGGAGAAGACGACGCGGAGGCGGAGAUGGGGGGAGGCGGAGGCGUGGGCGCUCGGCAGCAGCGGCAGGCGGGCGGACGAGGGGGGUACGGCGGAAGAGCAGGACAGAGGGGUGCUGACGUGGAUGAUUAUGGCGACGGCGGGAGGAGCACAAGUGGCAGCAAGUGGGCGCGAGGGGGGGGCGCGGACAGUGACGCGGAGGACACGUGGCAAAGCGGAGGCAGGGGCGGGGGAAGGGGAGGGUGGGCGGGGGGAGCGGCGCAGCAGCAGCAGCAGCAGCCGCGGGGGAUGGGGUGGGGAGGGGCAGAUGCGGGGAGCAACAGACUAGGAGGCAAUGGGGGUGGGGGAGGGAUGGGCAGGAUGGGAGGGGGAGCUGGGGGAGGGAGAGGAACAGGUGGGAUGACUGGGGUGAAUGACAAUGACGAGGAUGCUUAUGGCGGAGCAGGGGGGGGAUCAGCGGGGGGAGUAGCAGGGGGAGCAGCAGGGGGAGGCAGGUCAUUUGGGGGAGGCGUGGGGGGAGGUGCCGCUGCGUUUGGGGGAAGAGGCCGGAGCAACGCUGGUGGCUUUGCAGGGGGGAGUCAGGGGGUCGCAAGGGGAGGGAGGGGAGGUAUGGGAGGUGGGCUUGGAGGGGGGUUGGGGGAAGGGGCGGAUUUAGACGGUGAGGAUGACAUGGGUAUGGGUACUGGCGCUGCUGCUGGUGGUCGUGCAGGCGCCACUAUGAGUACGAUGGGCGCUAUGGGCGCAGGGGGAGGAGUAGGCGCAGGGGGACUUCCUGCUAGGGGGAGAAGCAGGCUGGGGGCCACGAGCGCUGGAUUUGGCGGAAUGGGGGGCGUGGGGGGAGCGGGUAGGAUGGGAGGUAGUGCCUCUGCUGCUGCUGGUUCUGGCUUCGGUUCAGGCAUGGGUGCUGGGAUGGUGGGAGGGGCUGAAACGGAUGAGGACUAUGGACAGAGCGGUGGUGGUGGGUUGGGAGGAGUGGCAAGGGGAACCGCAGGGGCAGCAGGGGCAGCAGGAGCAACCAGAGGGGCAUUCCGGGGUGCUGCAGGGGCAGCAACGUCAGGGCGAAUGGUUGGUGGGGGAAUGGGUGCAACAGGGAUGGGAGCAGGGGGGUUGGGUGGGGAAGAUGAGAUGGGUGGGGCGGAUGAGGGGAUGGGUAUGGUAGGCAGUGGUGUUGCUGGGAGGGGCGGGGUGAGGGGCGGGAUGGCCGGUGGAGUUGGUGGUAUGGCUGGCCGUCUGGGAGGCAGGUCUGGGAGCCUCUGGCAGCAGCAGCAGACGCAGGUGCAGCAGAGGGGGCAGGCAGGAGGAGUGGGAGCAGGCGGGAUGUUUGGAGCGAGAGCAGGUCAGCAGCAGGAAGGCCUGGGUCUGGAUGGGGAUAAUGACUACCCUGCUGGCGCUGCUGCUGGUGCUGCUGCUGCUGCUGCUGCUGCUGGUGGUGGUGUUGCGGGCACUGGUGGCUUUGGUGGCGCUGGUCGUGUUGCUGGUGCUGCUGCUGCUGCUGCCACAGAUGAUUACAACGAAGGGGUAGCAGCUGAUUCCGGCACUGGCUUGAGCGGCACCACCAGCAGCAGCAGUGGCGCGAGUGGGCUGUUUGGGGCGAAAAGCAGAGCCGGAAGCAGCAGCUUUGGCAGCGCCAGCAGCAGCUUCAGCAAGCGAGGCGGUGUGGCGGCAGCAGAUCCUUACGGGGACGAAGGGGAAGGCACGGGCGGUAAGGCAGGAGACGCUUCAGGCAUGGACGGUGGGGGUGGCACGGAUGGUAUGGACGGUUCAGAUGACCUGGAUGGGGGAGUGUCCGGUGGUGGUGCAGGAGGGAGGAGGCAGGGUGGGCGUGCAGGGCUGGGCAGGGGCGAUGCAGAGAGUGGGGGGUUGGGGGAGGAGGAGGAUGAGGAUGGAGGAGUGGGGUCUGGAAAGGCCGUGGUUGGAUCCAAGACAGGGAAGGGCGAGGGAGGGGAUAGCUCCUCCUCUUCUUCUUCCUCUGGUGGUGGUGGUCUGUUUGGUUUUGUCUCUCGCAUGUUCGGUGGUGGUGGGAGCACUAAAGCGUCUGGAAAGGCGGCAGGGGAAGGGGGAGGGGAGGGGGAGGAGGUGGAGGGGUUUGAGGCGGGGAAGAGCACGGCACAGUCAGCAGUGGAAGAUGCACUGAGGAGCACUGAAGAGGAGGGGGUGACUGGGGGAGGCUUUUCCAGGAGCAGGUUCGGCAGCAGCAGCAGCAGCAGCAACGGAGGGGAGGGUGGGGAGGAUGACUAUGGGUCAUCGUCUGCUGCUACUGCUGCUGGCAAUACUGAUGCUGAUGCUGGUGAUGACGCUGAUGCGGAUGCGGAUGUUGCAGUGGGGACAGCAGAAGGUUUCAACAAGGCCCGGUUUGUCCGGGGUGCUGCUGGUGCUGCUGGUGGUGGUUCUGGUGCAGCCGGCAAGGGCGGCAUGGGGGAGAAGGAUGAGGAUUCAGAAGCUGCUACCGCGCUUGGUGGUGUCGCAACUGGAGCUAGCGGUGGUGAUGCCUCAGAGUCCUCUGAUGCUUCUGACGUGGACGAAUCUGAUUCGUCAGCUGCGACUUCUGGGUUUGGUGCUGCUGGUGCUUUUGGGGGGUCAGGAGCAGGGAAGGCCGGGCGGUUGAGUGGGGGAUUCAGUGGGAGGUUGAGCGGUGCGAGUGGUGUGACAGGAAAGACUGGCAGGCUCAAUGCGAGAGGAACGGGAGGGAAGACAAGUACAUUUGGAUUUGGCGCAUCGGGGUUAGAAGGGUCGGAAUCAGCCGCUGGGGGGGGUGGUGGCGGUGGUGAUAUGGGACUGGGAGGGGAGGGUGGCGAUGAGGAUGGGACUGGAGAAGGGAUGACGACCAUCCGGGCUACUAAGAAUGCCUUUUUGGGUAAAAGGCGGGCGAAUGUGGGUAGUGGUACGAGCUUGGGGGCAACGCAGGGUGUGGGGCUUGGAGGAGCGAGUCGGGUUGGUCGGGCAAGGAAGACGAGAUUGGGAGGGAUGGCAUCACUGGGAAGAGCACAGUUUCCCCUUCUUCCACAAGUGUUUCCCCCCCUCCUCCCAUGUUUCCCCCCUUCCCCGCUUCCCCACCCUCCCCACCGCUUCUCCCCACCCUUACUACGUCCCGCUUUCCCACCCGCCGCCGUCCCCCUUCCCCCAUUGCGCCAGGCAUGCGACGCGGCGGGGAUCGACAUUCCGCGCUUCUGCUACCACCCGCGGCUGUCCAUCGCGGGCAACUGCCGCAUGUGUCUCGUCGAGAUCGAGAAGGCGCCCAAGCCCGUCGCGUCCUGCGCCAUGCCCACCAUGCCCGGCAUGAAAAUCAAAACCACCACUCCGCUCGUCAAAAAGGCGCGCGAGGGAGUCAUGGAGUUUCUCCUCCUUAACCACCCGCUCGACUGCCCGAUCUGCGAUCAAGGCGGCGAGUGCGACCUGCAGGAUCAGUCCAUGGAGUUUGGGAGCGAUCGGGGUCGGUUCUACGGGUUUAAGAGGAGUGUAGAGGAUAAGAACUUCGGUCCGCUCGUGAAAACGGUCAUGACGCGUUGCAUCCACUGCACGCGCUGCGUGCGAUUCGCGAAGGAGGUCGCGGGGGUGGAGGACCUUGGGAUGACCGGGCGCGGGCGCGACUCGGAGAUCGGAACCUACGUGGAACGCAUGCUCACGAGCGAACUUUCCGGGAACGUGAUCGACCUGUGCCCCGUCGGCGCGCUCACGUCGAAGCCGUUCGCGUUCACGGCGCGGUCGUGGGAACUGAAGGGGACGGAAUCCGUCGACGUGUCAGACGCGAUCGGCGCCGCUAUCCGCGUGGAUAGCCGCGGCGGGGAGGUGAUGCGAAUCCUUCCGCGCCUGAACGAGGGGGUGAACGAAGAGUGGCUGACGGAUAAGGGGAGGUUCGCGUACGAUGGGUUGAAGCGCCAGCGCCUCUUUGCCCCCAUGGUUCGCAGCGCGAUUACCGGCCAAUUAGAGGUCGCCAGCUGGCCCGAGGCGCUGGAAGCGGCGGCGAAGGCGCUAGUGGGAGUUAAGGGGGAGGAGGUGCAGGCGGUGGCGGGGCGGCUCGCGGACGCCGAGGCGCUAAUCGCUCUUAAAGACCUAAUGAACCGGCUCGGGUGUGAUAAUCUCCGCCCGGACGACGGGGAUUGGGUGGCGGGAGGCGCGGCGAACGCGGAUCUGCGGUCGUCCUACGUGGCAAACACGGGAUUGGCCGGCUUGGAGGACGCUGACGUGGUGCUGCUGAUUGGGACGGACCCGCGCAGCGAAGCGCCGCUCCUGAAUCUCCGCCUGAGAAAGGCCGUGAUUGGCCGACGUGCGAAAGUAGCCAGCAUAGGCCCUCCCCUAGAUCUCACCUUCCCCAGUGAGGGGCUAGGGGAGGGGGCGGACGUGCUAGUGCGGGUGGCGGAGGGGAAGCAUCCGUUCUGCGGGGUGCUGGCGGGGGCGAAGCAGCCGGCGGUGGUGGUGGGCGCGGGGGUGAUGAGGCGCGCCGAUAGGGAGGCUGUUAUGGCUGCCGUGCAGACGAUUGUAGCGAAUGCGGGGGUGGUGAGGGAGGGGUGGAACGGAUACAACGUGCUGCACCUCUCUGCCGGCCGUGUGGCCUCUCUGGACGUCGGCUUCGUGCCCGGGCCUCAAGCUGCCCUCUCCCGCACGCCUCCCAAGGUGGUGUAUCUGCUGGGAGCGGACGACUUGGCAGAGGCGGACAUCCCAGCAGGCGCGGUUGUGAUAUACCAGGGCCACCACGGGGACCGCGGGGCCAGCCGGGCUGAUAUUGUGCUGCCGGGGGCUGCCUACACUGAGAAGGAAGCCACGUAUGUGAACACGGAGGGGCGGGUGCAGAUGACACGGGCAGCGGUAGCGACAGUGGGGAGUGCGAGGGACGACUGGAAGAUCAUUCGGGCCGUCUCUGAAGUGGCUGGCGUGCCUCUGCCCUAUGACACUGUGGAGCAAGUCAGAGAGCGGCUGCGAGAGGUGGCCCCUCAUCUGGCGCGUAUUGAUGAGGUGGAGCCGCCUCUCACGCUCACGGCUCAAGCAGGGGUGCAGCACACGCCUGGUGCUGCUCUCCCGGACCCCUUUGAGCUGCCGGUGGCUAAUUUCUACAUGACAGAUGCCAUUUCACGAGCAUCGGUGACCAUGGCUAAGUGCACAUCUGCCAAAGCCAAGCAGGCCGCACAGCCGUUGCACUGA